AUGGCGCCCUCACAAAAGCGAAAGCCCGCGCAGGACGACUUUAUCCUUACAAUUGACGACGACGACGAGCUUCCUUUCGAGGAGGAAGAAGUCACCGCAGAGCCUCCCAAGAAGAAGGCCAAGACUGACAAGAAGUCGAAAAAGUCGAAGCGUGAUGCCAGUCCCGAAGAUGACGAGGAGGAUGGUGUAGAGGGUAUUUGGGGCUUCAACGAUGACGAUGAUGGUGCCAUGGACUCCGAAUUCGAAUUCGGCGCUGAGGAGGGCAACAACUUGGGCACAGAAGAGUUCGAGGAAUGGGGCUUUGACGGCGCAAAGAAGGGUAUGAGGGUCGAGAAGGCCGGCGUGGAUCUAGACGAAAUCAUCCGACGACGUCGCGAAAAGAAGCUUGGAAAGGCUGCCGCCGACGAAGUUCCAGAGGCUGAUGUUGAAGCCGAAGAGGACGAGGUCAUGGACGUUGACCUGGACGACGACGAUGAUGAGGUUCUGGCAGACGAUGCAUUCGGUAUGAACGUUGCUUCUGACGUCGAGGAAUCUGGCGACGAGAAGGAUGAAGACAAUGAUAACGACGAGAACGAAUCUGCAGCUGAAGAUCUGGAUGAGGACGAUGAGGCCGCCUCGGACAACGACUCUGUCGCUACACCUACUGGGCACCCCGAAGACGACGUUUCUGACGCGAGCGACGAGGAGGAUGCUGAAGAGGAGGCCAAGCGCAAAGCUUUCUUCGCCCCCGAGGAAAAGGAGGAGCCCGGCAAGAAGACAAUUGCCUCUACUUUCCAGGCCAUGUCUUUGUCGCGUCCAAUUCUCCGUGGUCUUGCUUCAGUCGGCUUCACCAAACCCACACCCAUUCAGUCCAAGUCCAUUCCCAUCGGACUUAUGGGUAGAGAUCUUGUCGGUGGUGCUGUCACUGGUUCCGGAAAGACUGGUGCUUUUAUCGUCCCUAUCUUGGAACGUCUGCUAUACCGACCCAAGAAGAUUCCCACCACACGAGUCGUCGUCCUUACCCCUACUCGUGAAUUGGCGAUGCAAUGUCACGCUGUCGCCACAAAGCUCGCUGCCUUUACUGAUAUCAAGUUCACUCUCGCCGUUGGUGGUCUGAGUCUCAAGGCUCAGGAACUCGAAUUGAAGUUGCGACCUGAUGUCAUUAUCGCUACUCCAGGUCGUUUCAUCGAUCACAUGCGAAACUCGGCCAGCUUCAACGUUGACACUAUUGAAAUUAUGGUUCUUGAUGAAGCUGAUCGUAUGCUUGAGGAUGGUUUCGCUGAGGAAUUGAACGAAAUUCUUACAACUCUCCCCAAAUCACGACAGACUAUGCUGUUCUCCGCUACCAUGACAUCCACCGUCGAUCGUCUUAUCCAGAUUGGCCUCAACAAGCCCGCCAGAGUUAUGGUAGACUCCCAGAAGAAGACUGUCACCACCUUGGUGCAAGAAUUUGUUCGUCUACGACCUGGUCGAGAUGACAAGCGAAUGGGUUACUUGGCACAUGUUUGCAAAAACCUCUACAAGGAGCGGGUUAUUGUCUUCUUCCGUCAAAAGAAGGAAGCUCAUCGCGCCCGAAUUAUCUUUGGUCUACUUGGUCUAACAUGCGCUGAACUUCACGGUAGCAUGAACCAAACACAGCGUAUUUCAAGUGUUGAAGACUUCAGAGACGGCAAGGUGUCGUACCUUUUGGCUACUGAUCUUGCUUCUCGUGGUCUUGAUAUCAAGGGUGUGGACACUGUCAUCAACUACGAAGCACCUCAAUCACUCGAGAUCUACGUUCACAGAGUCGGUCGAACAGCCCGUGCUGGUCGCAAGGGUGUUGCUUUGACAUUAGCUUCCGAGACCGACCGCAAGGUUGUCAAGUCUGCUGUCAAGGCAGCCAAGUCUCAGGGUGCCAAGAUCGUUAGUCGACAGAUCGAUUCUGGAGAGGUUGAUGCUCUCCAAGCACAAAUUGACGAGAUGGAUGACGAGAUUGAGGAGAUCAUGCAGGAAGAGAAGGAGGAGAAGCAAAUUGCUCACGUCGAGAUGCAAGUCAAGAAGGGCGAGAACUUGAUCCAGCACGAAGCCGAGAUUAAGGCACGACCUAGACGAACUUGGUUCGAGUCAGAGCACGACAAGAAGCAAUCCAAGCAAGCCGGUCGGGACGAGCUCAACGGUGUCAGGGAGGGCAUGAAGAAGAAGACAGGCAAGCUAAGCAACAAGGACAAGAAACGCCUCGACAUUAAGCAACUACGUGCUGAAGGUGGCGCGGAGUGGAGGAAGGGCAAGUCGUCAGAGGCUGACAUGAAGGCCAGGCAUAAGGAGCAGGCUAAGACAAGGGCCAAGGGAAGAGCUAGCAAGGGCGGAGACAAAGAUGCCGCUCCUAGCAAACCCAAGGGAAAGGGAAAGGCUGGUGGUAAGAGAAGAUAA